AUGUGUCAUUUGCCAACUAGUCUUUUGCGUUUGCAUUUGAUUGCUCAUGAACUGGGGAAGAUAUACCCUAUUACUAGAAUGGUUAAAUGGCCACUAUUGUUGAGUGAUUUCGGUUUUCAAAAUUUAAAUAUUGAUUAUUGGACAUUAGAGUGGUUAAACAUGAAUGAAUCUAGAUUUGAAAAAAUCACUAUUAAUAAAGGUAAUAUUCAAACGUUAAACGCUAACUUAUUCCCUAUUAGUGUGAAUUAUCUUUUUUUUUGA